CCGGCCUGGCGGCGCCGCGCGAGGCGACCGUGCGCGUCACGUACGACGGCGAGACCAGCGCACCCGUCCUCGGCGCCGAGCUCAUGGGCGGCGGUGAUGAGACAGCGCCGGCGGUGCAGCAGGAGGGAGUAAUCGUGGCUACGGACCCGCUGCCGACUACUACGGCAGCCCCUGAGGAGACGACCUCUGACGCCUCCGCCGUCGAUGCUGCUCCGACCUCCGACGGCACCUCCUGCGACUUCGACGGCGCCUCGUACAAGCUGGGCGAGGAGUUCCACGACGGCUGUCGCCAGUUCUGCCAGUGCACCGAGACGGGGGUCAGCUGCGCGGCCAUCGAGUGCCCACAUCACUUCGGCCUCAAGCUCAUCAACCCGGACUGUAUGCAGUGGAGCCAGCCGGACGACUUCACGCCCACGCCGCCCGAGUGCUGCCCUGAGGUGACCUGCGUCGACGACGGCAGCUGCACCUUCGAGGGCGAGAAGUUCCGCAACGGGCAUCCGCUCCCGGAGAAGCUGACCGGCUGCGAGCAGCGCUGCUACUGCGAGUUCGGCAACGUGACCUGUCAGUCGGCGUGCGACCCGGUGCCGGCGACGCCGCCGCGCACGCUCCCCUGUCCGCCGGACCGCGUCACGCUCGGGCCCGGCUCCAACGGCUGCUGCAAGCUGUGGCAGUGCUCCGACGGAGUUACAUCGCGACCUUCUGUGCCGCCCAACAUCCACGCCGAGGGGCUGGGCAUAGGGAACGAAAUCUCUGACCUGGACGUGCGGGAUGUGGACGCAGAGUCUGUCAAGUUCAGCUUCAGUAUCCCGCCGGCCCUGGUCGGCCUGCCCGGCAAGACAGAGGUCCUCUACACCGAUAGCCCGGGCCUGAACGACGAGGCGUCGUCCUGGGACCGGCGCGUCUUCCAGACUCCGUCGGGCCUGCUGGACCGCACAGACCUCUCCUGGGUGCUGGGCGACCUCCGGCCCGCCACACCAUACGUCAUGCAGGUCAAGGUGUUGUUCGACCAGUCCUCCACCAUCCUGCAGAGCAACGUCGUUGAAUUCCAGACACGCGAUGCGCCCGAAGCGGCCCCGACGCUGCCGCCCAAGGUGGAGGUCGAUGCUGAACUGCAGGCCUCGGACGUGGACACGACCUCGGCGCUGAUCCAGUGGCGCCGGCUGACCGAGGAGGAGCUACGCUACAUCGACGGCAUCCAGCUGCGCUACAGAGACGUCGACGUCGACGCCCAGGUGUGGACCAUGACGCCGUUCAUCCACCGCGAGCUGACCACCUACAAGCUGACGGAGUUGAAGCCGGACACGACUUACGAGGUGGACAUCGUGCUGAUGCCCUUCCAGACGCAGCGCACCGAGAUGGUCUCCUCGCACCCGCUGCGGAUCAGCACGCUGCCCGUCUUCGACCGCUACGACUUCAACAUCACACUGGGCAAGGUGGAGCCGGGGCCGAACUCCGUACGAGUGAGCUGGACGGGCAUCCCGCAGCCGCAGUAUCAGUUCGUCAACGUCUACCGCAUCGUGUACAUUUACGAGAAGGAGCGCGAGGAGAAGCACACCUUUAAGCUGGCCAAGACGUCCGACGAGCCGUCCAUCCUCAUCAAGGGCCUCAAGCCCAGCAGCAAGUACCAGGUGUGGCUGGAGGCGUACCUGAAGAACGGCAAGAAGCGCGUGUCGGAGGUCCGGGAGUUCGACACCAAGCCCGGCCAGCUGGGCAAGCCCGAGGAGAUUCGAGACGAGAGCGCAGGUGACGCGCUGGGCACCAGGGACCCUCCCAACAACUACUACAGCGGCAUGGUUGCGGCGGCCAUUAUUGCCACCAUGGCCAUCCUGCUGUGCCUCUUCCUGGCGUUCCUGCUCGUGCGGAGGGCCAGCCGUGCCGCCGUGGAGCCGGCCGCCGCCAGGAAGAACGGCCCCAGUUACGACAACCCCGCCUUCAAGAACUCCGAGCUGGACGUGAACGGCGCCAACGGAAACGACCGGUUCGCGUAGGCGGCGCGCCCGC